AUGAAGGAGAUUCUAGGCCCAAACUUCACAGCCAUAGACGAUUCAAUCAACCAGUCCAUUGGGAAAUACAGAGACUUCCUACAAGCAACAAAGAUCAAGAACUAUCAGCGAGACACAGAGGACUACCAGCUCCACCAGGUCUACGCAGGAAGGACCAAGGACGGGGCACCGAGAGUCGAGGCAUCUGAGGCGUGUCCAGAGAGGCUUCUGGGUAACGAGCGGAGAAGGACGUGUCCAAAACCCUGUACACAGGACAAGGACUGUGGCAACAAGCGCCAGUGCCUGUGUGACGGCCAGUGUGGCCUCAGCUGUGUGGCUCCAGGUCGUACUUGUCCCUGGCCCCUGCCCUCCGGGAACAACUUUGUUGCUUCCCUCCUCUCUCCCACUCCCUCCUUCUCUGCCCUCCUCGAGGUGCGUUGUGACCCAGGCUACAUGUUGCCCAACGGCUUGGAUGCAGCCAUCCGCCGUUGCCAAGGCGACCGACAAUGGAGCAGUGAUGAUCCCAACUGCACAGCCCCCACUUCCCCCCAGGUCUCAUGUCCUUUACCUGAGGAGGUGACCGACACCUUCAGCAUCCAUGGAUCCGCAGUCGCUGGAACAACCAUUCGCUACACCUGUCUGUCUGGGGAGCUGGUGGGAAACAGUGAGAAUCUCUGUAAUAUUGACCAGACCUGGCAGUACCCUCACCCCAUCUGUCAAAGGGUGUGGUGCCCGCCCCCCCAGGAGGUGAACCAGGGGUACCUGGUGGCGGUACAGAGGACUGAGUACGAUGUGGGCGAUGCCAUUUAUUACCUCUGUAAGAAGAACCACCUGCUGGAUGGACCCAACCGGGUCACCUGCCAGUCCAACGGCACCUGGAGCGCAGUGCCCUACUGCAGAGCGCGCUGUCCAAUCCCAGCGGAGCGGAGCCGUGUUCUGAUUGGUGGGCUGAAGCGUUGGCCCUAUGACGUGACAGACUCUGUUGUUCCUCACGGGGAGAGGGUGACGUUCUACUGUAAACACUCAAGGAAGCAGUGCAGCUUCCCAUACACACAGACCUGCUUCGACGGCAGGCUCAACCCCCCCUUCUGCUACCUGGAACCCACCUGGCUGCAGUACAAACUGUUCCCUCAUCGGCUGGUGUCGGAGAUCGAAGCCUGCUCCCCUGCAGACCUGGAUGUGUCCCUGCCCCAAGGUGGCCCUCAGGAUACUCCUCCUCCUUAUGUUGUUGACACACCAAGCUCUGAGGCUUGGAAGUUCUAUUGAUGUGAAGGUUUUGAAAUAAAAACAAAGUUUUUUUGUGAUGUAA